AUGCUUUUAGCUUUUGCACUGUUCCCGCUGCUUGGAGCAUGUGCUAACAGCGUUGUGGCCGAAGCAGACUACAACUACGCGGUGGGUCUCGCGAUGCGCGACUAUUUCUACUACGGUCACGAAACGUCCUAUUUCCCGGGCACUGAGGCCUCGGUUUUUGCGUCGCUGGCCAGCGAAUACGACAACAACCUGUUCUUCGACCAUCUGCUGGCCACGUCCAUUGUCGACUAUGCAACGUCGAUGCUUGUGCAACUGCCCUCAACUGCCCAACAGUACGUGCUGUCGGUGGCCACCAAUUACUAUACCAGCUUCACCUCUGUCGACUCCGCUGUCGAAACCAUUUUGGAAUUUCCGUCCAGCACACCAUCACAAACCACCUGGGAUACAGAGAUUAUCAUCCCGGACGACCAGUCGGCCACUUACAUGACGUACUACAAGCUGGCCAAGUGCAAUGCUCUCUGCUACGAUAUUGCUACGUACGGCCGCCAGUACAACAGCAUGGCCAUCACAAACCCGGGGUUUGCCACCAGCCUCAACGAGAUAGUCAGCGCAUACUCCACGGAGUCCGAUCUUUUGCGAGUGAACCUCGAAUGCGACACUCUGCUUGCGUAUCUGAGCCAGCUUCCGUGGAGCGGUCGCGUGCUCCAGGAGGCCAAAAGCUCGUACCUGGUUCUCCAGAUGCUCUACGAUACGCCCACGGCAAACUCCGACUACGUCACCGCGACGUAUUACCAGCCGUGGGUGUACAUCUCCGCCGCAGGCUCAGAGACUACGGCCGCGACAAUCGGGCCUUCACAGGCCGCUUCUUCGACGAUGGCGUCGAGCACAGGAGCCUACGUCACCACCACAACAAUACUGUCGUCCACAUCGGUCAACACGGACACCCCGCGCGCGUCCCUGACCAGCACUCCGGCCACCGAAAUUAAUAAGACAGACACCGUCACGAUCCGCUACGACGCGCAGAAAAUCUUUUCUGCCGUGAUCGAAGGCCUGGUUAUCGACUACAGAAAACACUCAGACGCCUACAAUUCGCUCAUAACUAAAAACAGCCACCUCACCAUCGUGCAGAACUACACCAACAUGAUCAACGACUUCAAGACCAGAAAAGCACAGCCCGACUUGGACGAGUACGAGUACAUAGUGAACGUUAUCCACACUUUUGCGAACGUUGUGCCCUGGCGGUCGAGGAUUUGGGACGGGAUGGGGUGGUGGUACACGAACCAGAUGCUUUCGCAGGGCCGCAGCACUGAGUCGUUCAGUGAGGGAGCAGGCCAGUUCUUCACGCAGCUGUACAAUCCGCAGCUCACGGGCCAACUGGACGCUCGUAUCACUUCUGUGCCGCAGCUCAAGACGAACGCGGGGAUUGGCGUGCAAGACUGA